AUGAUGAUAGAUGCUGAUCAGUCAAUUUCUCCUUUGAAGAAAAUGAAGAUGAUGGCAAGGAGGGGAGGUAAGAUCAAAUAUGUAGGGAGAAUAGGGGCUGUGCAUGGUAGUAUAAGUCAAAAUGUGGCAGGUGUUGAUGAAGUUGUACUUACCUACCAUGAAAAGCUUGACCAUGAAGAUUUUGAAACUAUUAAAGAUUUGCAAGCAUCUGGAUAUGAUCAUGGAGAAAUUGUUGAAGCUUUUAAUAAGAUGUUGGUUGAGAGUAUAGUUGAUGAAGAUACCAGUCAAGAAACACAAGAUCCGUUGGUAAGAAAAAGGAAGCUCUCAGAAAUAAUUAUCAAGAUUAAGUUGAAAAAAACAGUGCAUGAUCCAAAUGGAGGUGGUUCAACAACUGAGAAAGCACUUACAUUGGACUGA